UGACAGACGCGCAACUGCGAGGUGCGGAGGCAGACGUUCCUGCUUCUGCGGCCGCCGUGGCUGCCGCGGCGACGCUCCCCAGAGACCUGCGUGUCUGCCCAGGCCAGCAGUGGAAGGAGCCUCACCUGCCUGUCUCCUCUGAGUACCUGGGAUUGAAGGUCCAGGAGAAGUAGCGAAGAUGUCGAAUGAGCCACCCCCUCCUUACCCUGGGGGCCCCACAGCCCCCCUUCUGGAGGAGAAAAGUGGAGCUCCACCCACCCCAGGCCGCACCUCCCCAGCUGUGAUGCAGCCCCCACCGGGCAUGUCACUGCCCCCUGCAGACAUUGGCCCCCCACCCUAUGAGCCGCCAGGUCACCCAGUGCCCCAGCCUGGCUUCAUCCCCCCACAUGUGAAUGCAGACGGUACUUACAUGCCUCCAGGUUUCUACCCUCCUCCAGGCCCCCAUCCACCCAUGGGCUACUACCCACCAGGGCCCUACCCGCCGGGGCCUUACCCUGGCUCUGGGGGCCAUACGGCCACGGUGCUGGUCCCUUCAGGGGCGGCCACCACAGUGACAGUGCUGCAAGGAGAGAUCUUUGAGGGUGCGCCCGUGCAGACGGUGUGUCCCCACUGCCAGCAGGCCAUCACCACCAAGAUCUCCUACGAGAUCGGCCUGAUGAACUUCGUGCUGGGCUUCUUCUGCUGCUUCAUGGGGUGUGACCUGGGCUGCUGUUUGAUCCCCUGCCUCAUCAACGAUUUCAAGGAUGUGACGCACACGUGCCCCAGCUGCAAAGCCUACAUCUACACGUACAAGCGCCUCUGCUAACGGAGCCGGGACUGGACUCCCCGCUGUCAGUCUGGCCCCCUGUGCUUUUGCUCCCCAUGCUCAGUGGCUCACUUCCCCGCUCCCACUUGGGGGUGGAAGCCAUUCCACUGGUCCGUCUCCUGGAAGUCUUGUCCUCUUUGCCUUGCCCUUCCCUGAGCAUCUGACUCUUCUGGCAAAAAUUCUGUUGGAUUUCGGGCCAAGGGUCAGCAAGUAGCAGGGGGAUGGCACUGAGAUUGUGUGCUGCUGGUUUGCUUGGUGUUUGUGAUGAGAAAGAUAAGCAGGGAAUGGUCUCACAUGGUCACCCUGCUGGGGUCUCUUUCUCCAUUUCUGUACCAGGUACAGGUUCGGUCCUGGGUCUCCCUGGGACCAAAAGCAGCCAGAGCAGUGACUGUUCCCCAGACCUGGGGCCUGCAGUGGGGCCUAGCCUGUAGCCACAGUCAUUUCUGAUCUGCUGGGCUGAGAGUGGAAAAUGGACCCAGGCAGGCCUGAGUUUGUUUCUGGAGUGUUAGAGGCAGGUGUGAUGGUCAGAAGGAAUGACUCUGGUCCUCAGAACUCAGGAAUAGUGCCCAGGAGCCACCUGGGGUAAGGUAGAGGUCAGCACACCUGCAGGCCAUGAGGGAUUGGGCCUGAGCUUGCCAAGAAGGGACUCUCCUCUGGUCCCUGCCCAGUUCCCUUUCCAGCCACACCUCUGUGAACCCCGGUCUUUGCUGGGGCCAGAAGGAAUGCGCAGGAGCCUAGCCCACCUGUCUAUACCAUGUCCUUGCUGCAUGUGGGCACAAGCUCUGCCUCGUGUGUCCCAGCUGGGACCAGGGAUGACAGGAGGGGCCUCCUUGCAGGCACACUCAGACCUGCAGUGCACUCUCCACGGAUCCUGUUCCCCGUAAGCGCUGGACCCUGCACCCUGGCUGCCUUGCUGUCACUUUGCUCGCUCCAGCAGUGGGCACUGCAGCAGAAGUGGCUGAGGCACUGGCCUGCGACAGGCUGGGGGCCAGGCAGGAGUAGCCACAAGUGGCAGAAGUGCCCUGGUGGACACCAGUCGUGCCCUGGGCCUGAGCCCACACUUUAUUUCCUGAAUGGUUUGUCUGUGAACUUGCUCACAUGGACCACUGUAUCCUGCUGCUGCCCCUCUCCUGGUCUCACACUGCCACUGCAUGGCCUCCUGUCACUGUGAAUUGUGGCCAGUCUCAGUUUAUAGUUUCUCAUUAAAUUGGCCCUUCCACUCCCCUGCCCUAGGCCUCUGCUCUCUUGCCUGGCUUCCUUCUUUUGUGAGGGGAAGAGGGUGGGGCGGGGGGGCUGCAGGUAGUCUGAGGGCGGGGGUCGAGUCCUCAGGGUCUCGGUGUUUAUGCCGAACCAACCAGCCAGGGAUGACACUGAUAUUUGAGUCCCUAAUUAAACCUGCCAGAGCCCCCAGUGGACGAGCCCUGGGAUUCCAGCCAUGACUGUGCCAAUAAGUUGACUUUAUGGCGCCAUCAGGCUGCCUUAGUGAUAACAUGUCACCCGUCUCCACACCAUGGGUCCACCCAUGGGGUCUGCAAGCUGGAGACCCCCAGCUAGAGCUCAGGGUCAUCCCACCCUACAGGAAGGUACCCCCGCUCCCUUAAGACAGCACCACUGGGGCUAAGGCUGGGGGGGACAGGCAGGCAGCUGGGCCCCCAGGUUCUGACCGGCUCUGCCCCAGCCCCUCAUUUGAUUUGUGAAGACGGGGCUCGGUCAGUUACUGAAGAAAGUGUUUCCACCACUGAGCCCUUUUUUGGUAAAACUUUCACAGAUCCUCAAUAUAUAAAACAAUAAAUUCCUAUUAAAAUAUUUAACUUCUA